AUGGACUUAUCACUGCUUAAGGAUCCCAGGAAUGCGCCCUGCACUUCCCCCUCUGCGGCUGGGGAGACCAUACCUGCAUGGCUUUAUCGACGGGCCCUGUAUCUGCUGGACAGAGAUUGGAGGGCCGGCACGUCCGGGAGUUAUCAACACAUUCGAGAUGUUCUCACGAUACAAACAGGGCUUCGUAUCCCUGAUGCUCUUAUGACCGCUAUUGUGGCUCAGUUCGCUAGCUUUGGCGGAAAUAUACUUGCACAAAUAAGGGCCUUCCCCGAAGCAGAAAUGAGCCCUAUUGCAUUAGACCAGAUCCAACUAGUGCGUCCCUUUCGUGAACAGACAUCGACUGCACCGAGCAAAACAAAAAGACUGCCGGGUAUGGGUAUGCGCGAGAUUGCAGAAGCCAUUCUUAGCAAUUGUACGGUGACGUAUGGCUCAACAGCAGCGGCUCAGAGGCGGCCUGGUCUUCUGCCAAAUGAUCCUAUCGCUGAAGAAGCGAGAAAACGACUCCAAGAAUCCCGAGAGCAAUCAGCGGCUCGCCGAGAAUCAGACAGAAUGACGCGCGAAUCAGAAGCUGCCAAUUCUGAAAGGAGUGACGAUGGUGGAGGGAUUGAAGGCAAUAAAGCCACUCCAAAUGCAGAUGAUACUACGGCUCACUACAGUCCUAGAGCACUCGAGGCCGCCCAUAUUCUUUUCAACAUUCAUAACGAAGUACUACUACAAGCCUCCAAAUCACAAAUCCACCUCCAAGGUACGGGAAUUAACCAAGAAACAGAACGCGCUGAUCACGGAUAUAAUCUUCGAGCGCGACAAUCUAGCCGCAGUCUACAUCGGCUACAUUGCUGGCAGUCAUCAAGAGACCAGUUUCCAGCGUUUCCUGCAGACAAUCAAGUAAGUCAGGUUCAACAGAGACUUCCCGACGACGAGGAGCAUGAAUCGACCUCGCACUCCAAUGACAAACAUGAAGAUGCUAACACCAAUGCCAAUGCAGAGGAAACGCACAUUCAAGAUGAUAUCCCGUCGGCGUCGGAGUCUGAAGGAAGCCCGACAGGGAAAACACAUCGCUCGGUCCAAAGGCGUCUGCGCCUUCUGUUAGAACCCGUGCGAUUCAACGCAGGCAUCGGUCCUUUAGAGAACAACCACAAUGGGGAACGAGUGAGCCGUCACGUGAAUUACAUCGCUGAUCCAGCAGAUUACAGAUUAUAUCGGACUGUCUCAGGUCAGCCAUACCGUGGGACACAUCAUGGACGGCCGAGUCUGCCCUCGUCGCUGCCAAGGGCUGAACGGCCUACAAACAUUAGCCAAUACGAGCUCGACCCCAACUUGCACUAUUGGAGUAGUGUGGAUGGUUUGAAAACUGACAUGAAGCCGUUUAAGCCAGAUCCAAAUCCAGCUCCUCCUAAGCCAAGGAAGUGGGAGUAUGUGAUUGCUGCGGCGCAAAGAGAAGAGGGCGCACAGCGCGGUCUUAUGGCAGCCGGCGGCAAGGCCAAAUGUCAAAAGGGCAAGGCAGCGAGUGCGAACAGUAGAGCCAAAGCCCCUGAGAGCACGAAGAAACUAAAGAGCUCGCACGCAAAGCAAACAGCGACAGUAAGCCGUCGCGGAGCAGUGAAGGCUCCCACAUCACUUGGAGCUUCGACACGAGAAACCAGGUCCGCGGUCAAGAGGAAAAGGGACGAAGCCGCUGAGACCGACAAUAGCGACAGAGGCAGUGGACAAUCGGGCAGCGACAGACCAAGCGGCAGUGACGAAGCGGCGCCUCUACCGAAGAGACCGCGUAUAAAACUAAUCGUUAGGGCGCCAUAG